CAGCCAUGUCAAAGGAUGAAGCAGGCUGUAAGCUGGCCCCAGUCUACAAGCACAAGGAACGCAAACCCAAGAAGCCCCAUUACAUUCCCCGUCCCUGGGGAAAACCCUACAAUUACAAGUGUUUCCAGUGCCCGUUCACUUGCAUGGAGAAGUCGCAUCUUUACAACCACAUGAAGUACAGCCUCUGUAAGAAUUCCUUGUCUCUGCUCAUCGAGUCGGACUGGCCUUACAAGAAAGGCGGACUUCUCCACCCAGAACUCCGGCUGUUGCAAACCACGGAGGCUUCUCGGGUUCGUGGGAGGCGGGAGGAGACUGAGGCCUAUGACCCUAUGGUGCUGGGAGCCACUGACCCCAAACAGGCAGCAGACAGAGGUGGCGGAGAAGGUAAGCCUCCAGGGAUGGAAGAUGUGGCCUCCUCAGAAAGGAUGAGUGAUGAAACCAGCCCAGGUGAGAAGAAGGAGAUGGUCAAGGAGACCCCAUCUGCUGGGGAGUCUACUGAACCUGAUGGGAACACCCUGCUCUUUCAGUUUAAGAACAAGCAAGACAAGGCCUCCAAAGACCCCACACCUGAGUUCAUCAUCACGGACGUGUUCUCCUUAAAGAAACACGUGUCCAAAGGAAAGGAGCUGGCCUCGGUGGAGUUGGAUGCCAAACCAAAGCAUUGCAAAGUGCCCUCCAAAUGCUCGGCAAGCAGCGGGCUCUUCAUGGAACAAUGGAAGCUCGUUGCCAAUGGGCAAAGGAGAAACACCACUGGGGUUCUGACUCCGUGUACAGAUGGCAAUGUCAUCCCUUGUUACCCUCCUCCGGCUUACGGUGACUUCCAUGAACCCCAGGGCCUCAACCUCUCUCUGCUGGGGAUCAACUAUCCACUGGCCCCCAAUCUCUUCUCCUAUUUUGGUCCUUCGGUGACCAGUGGUACCACUUCGCAUUCCCACUUGGCCCAAUUCCCUUUCCUGGCUUCCACAGCACAGCUGAUGCACCCCCAUUCUGCUCAUUUCCAGCCCUUGCAGAACCCCGAGAGGUCCACUUUCCUCCCACGUUUCUACUAUCCAUUGCUCUUCGAGCAUUCCUUCACAUCAGCAGAAAGCAAGGUGGCUUCCACCAAGCCUGAAGCUCAGCAACUGCCCAUCACAGCCAUACCUGCUCCCCUCCAGGCCCAGACCUCCACAGACCCCCCAAAGGGAGGCGUGCUGAAAGUCCCAGUGCUGAAGACAGGCCUUCCUUGGGUGAAAGGUUUCCGUGAAGAGCCUCUUCCUGAGCAAAGCCACAAAAGGUUGCAACUCCAGGAGGAAGAGAAGAAAUGGCUGGUCCAUGAAAGGGAAAGCUACUCAUUGCUGGCAACUGGUCACCUCUGCAGGAAGUCAUCGCCUGAUGCUUACCAGGGUCUCGCGGGUAUGAAAGAGGGAGCUGCUGUUCUCCCCAACAGCAUCAAGAAGGCAGAGCUCCCAGGAGCAGCUUGUUUGGACAGUGGUGGAGUCACCACAAGUAGCCUGAAGAGGAGAUUUGCAAAGAGUGGCCUUGAUUUUAUAAGCUCUGAUAUGGCAACACCUGAAAAAGAGAUCUACCAAGCCAGCAGUGGUUUGCAAGUUACACCCAUGCAACCUUCAAAGUCGAUGGAUCACUGGCAGGUAGAACUUCAUGACAACCCCUCUGAAGGCCAGGAGAAAACUGGGAGCUCUGAUAUGAUGACAGCUUCAGACCAUCCCUUUUUAAAGGCAAGCAAUGAACAAGCCAUAACUGUUGGUCCAAGAGACCAGGAGAUGACUACAGUGCUCAUUGGGGACUUGUCAAAAACCUUAGAAGAGUAUCAGGAGGUAGAGAAGAAGCUCUCACAUUUGGCAAAAGAGGACGCUCCUGAACAGAAGCAUCUCAGGGACCAGUUAGUCAAAAUCCGGCAGGAACUUUUCCAUAUCCACCAGGCACUGGAGAAGGCAAACAAGGUCAGUGAAGGUCCUUUAGAUCUCUCAGUGAAAAGGUCAUCAAAAAGUCUGGAGAAAGGAGACCAGGAUAAGAGAGAGUCCAAGGUUGGCAUCCAGGGUGAGAAAGUCCAAAGCAAAGAUCUGGGUUCCACCGAUAGACAUUUGGAGAUGGGUGAAGCUGGUCAAGAGGAGGUAUCAGAUUGUUUCCUUGAGACUCAAAACAAAACCAUUGACCUGCUAAUCAAGAUGAGCCAUUCCAAAAACCUCCGCAAUUCCUCUUCUGAGACCCACCUGGGAGCUGUAAUCAAAGCCGAAGUGCUUCCCCUCAAUGUCCCACUAGAAUUCAGGCAUGUGAUGGAACCGUACUACAGUCAUACUACCAAAUGUGAGGCAGAUUCCAGUGUCCUGCUCUGCACAGAUGGAAGAACUAAUGGCAACCAAGGCCCUCCUCUUUCUGUGACUGAAGAUGCUCCACUAGGGUGCCGGGCAAUUCCAUGUUCUUUGUCCUGCAAUCUGCCUAGUGAGAGUGGUGAGGUGUAAAGUGCUUGACUGACCCUUCCAAAACUUCCUUUUCACACUUGUCCUUUGAGCCAAAAGAAACAGAUGUUCAGAUCUGGAAACUUU